CUUUGAAAGACUGGCCUCUUCGAACUAUCACUUUUAGGGCUGGUGGUAGUGGAAGGCUGCGACAAACUAAUUCAGACAACGUUGCUUUGGUAUUGUCACAACAUCUUUUACAAAAAUGGAUGAAGAGUAUGAUGUUAUUGUUCUCGGUACUGGUCUGACAGAAUGCAUUUUGAGCGGCAUUCUAUCAGUGGAAGGCAAGAAAGUCUUGCAUAUGGACAAGAACUCGUACUAUGGAGGAGAAAGUGCAUCUUUGUGCCCACUUGAAGAUCUUUAUAAGCACUUUAAAAAGCCGCCACAAGAAGGAAAGUUUGGGAGGGGACGCGAUUGGAAUGUAGAUCUUGUUCCAAAGUUUAUUAUGGCUGGAGGAGAGCUCACAAAGUUUUUAAUCUUCACCGAUGUGACGAAGUACCUCGAGUUUAAACAGGUUGAAGGAAGCUACGUUUACAAGGGUGGGCAGGUUUACAAAGUUCCUGCCAACGAAAAGGAAGCACUUGCAUCUAGUCUGAUGGGUAUUUUUGAGAAAAGAAGGUUUCAGAAGUUCUUAUAUUGGGUAACUAAUUUCGACGAAAGUGUAGAGAAGACUUGGCAAGGCUUGGAUCCACACAAAGUUUCAAUGGACGAAGUUUACAAGAAAUUCGGUCUGGAUUCCAACACAGCUGACUUUACUGGCCAUGCCAUCGCUCUUUUUUUAGAUGAUUCCUACAAGUCGCAGUCGUACCUGGAAGCCGUUAAACGCAUCAAGCUUUAUUAUACAUCAUUGAGUAUGUACGGAAGCUCGCCAUACAUUUAUCCCCUUUACGGCCUAGGCGAGCUACCUCAAGGGUUUGCUCGACUGAGUGCUGUUUAUGGCGGUACCUACAUGUUGAAUAAGCCAUCGAAAGAAAUCGUUACAGACGAAAAUGGUGUCUUUAUUGGUGUAAAAUCAGUAUCCGAAGUGGAAGAAGAGGUGGCCAGAGGGAAAAUGGUUAUUGGUGACCCCUCCUACUUCAGUGAUCGCGUUAAGAAAGUUGGUCAAGUUGUUCGGGCAAUUUGCAUUUUAAAACACCCAAUUCCAAACACCAAAGAUGCCACUGCAUGCCAGUUGAUCAUUCCCCAAAAUCAAGUCAACAGAAAAUCUGAUAUUUAUGUCUGCUUGGUUUCAUACACUCACAAUGUUGCCAGCCCAGGUCACUACAUUGCAAUGGUCAGUACAACAGUGGAGACAUCUAAUCCUGAAGAAGAACUCAAUCCAGGAUUAAAGCUUCUGGGAGUAAUAGAAGAAAAGUUUGUCUCAGUUAGUGAUAUUUAUCACCCCACUGAUGAUGGUACAAAUCAAAGGUCAGUGUUCUAGCCAAAUCAUCAUUUUGCAUUAAUGCACAACACCAGUUAAUGUAAACUUUCAAGUAGGCUAAGGAUUAGACACAUGACAGAAAUGUACUUUAAUAAGUGGGAAGGUGGUGACCCUUUGACCCCAUGCUCCUUUUUGGCUUCUGUGUCACUCUUUGGUAUUGCCCCUGAUGUCAUACUGGUUUCUUAAGCUUAUAUUUGUAAAUUUCCUAUUUCUCAUAUAGUCUCUUAUUAUAAACUAAUAACUACAGCAAAUUUCUUUACAAGUGUUAAGUUCGGAAAAUUUCCAGUUCCAUUCUGCAACCUUGAAAACCAAAUGAUCUUAAAAGAAUAAAGUUUUUGUAAAGCUGCUAUAAAACUUUCAGCCAGGAUUCAUCUUUUAUAAAGCCAAAAUUCGAAUUUUUGUUCUUAAAGAUUUAAGGGAUUAAAACAGGUAGAGCCAAUAGAUAAAUACUCUCUUGUAAUGUGAUUAAAUUUCACUAUUUAAAAACUUGACAAUAUAUAUAUUAAAUUGAGAAGAAAAAUAAUUAUUUCUUAAGAGGCAGUUUACAUGAGAAAUUGAAGUCUUUCUUGGCUUAAACAAAGGCUGAGUUUUAACUUGGUUGAAGGUGUAAGCCUUUAAAACAUUUAUAUUCAUGAUAAAAUCUCAGCACAGUCUGAACUCAGCAUAGCAUCUUACCCAGCCUUAAUUUCAAUAUGGAAUGAAAUUGUUAUGUAUUAAUUUCAGUUUAGAGUGCGGUGAAAUGCAAGAAGUAAAUAGUCAGAAAUUUUUUUUAUUAUAUUUUGCAUUAUUUUUUAUGUUUAUAUAUAUAUAUAAUAAUAAAGUGUGACCUAAUCUCAACUCAGGUUCAAGUUACUCAUGUAAACAACCUCUAAUGGAAAGCUGAUAGUUUUAAGCUUUCCAUCAAGCUGAUGCUUUUUCAAACUUCCCUGCUGUGUUUUAUCUCCACCAAGAGAAGUCAUCCAUUUUUAUUUUUUGGAAAAAAUGUGGGCCUAAAGUUAAACCCCAAAUUCACAAUAAAAACCACAAUUCAAUUGCCUAAACAGAAACUGAAUAAUGUGGAGUUAAUGCUUUUAAAACAAAUUCAAUCCAUCAACAGAAUUGUUUAUCCCCUGAUUGCCAUUGGGCACAAAGCAUGAAUAAAAUGUUUUGUGAGUUUUCCAUAACUUUAGAUGAUGACCUAGAACAGGCCUUUUGUAAAGAAAUUCUUGAUAGGGCACCCAACUGCCUGCGUAAAUCAGCUUACAAGGGCAAUUGCCUAUCCAACAAUAUUUGUUAAACAAAGUCUUUCAGGACCUGAGGGGGAAGUAGGGUAUUAUCUGCUUACAACUGCCUAACCUUUGAUUAUUUGAUUUAAUGAUCUAUAAUGUCAACAAUGGAGAAAUUGUGAUUUGUUUUCAUUGGCAACUUAGCCUUUCAUCCAGGAAUACUGCAACUUUUACCAGGAACAGACAAAGAGAAAACAUGUUAAUAUUAACCAGCUAAGUAAAAACAUGAAGAUAAAAUUUGAAAUCAAUCAAAAACACCAUCUGCAAGUUUGCUUUUUCAAAGUUCUUGUUCUAAGUAUGAAUCAUAAUCAUAUUCCAACUCUGUUGAAGAAUUGUCUCCCUCAUCACCUCUGACAAUGUCAUCUGGCUUGCCCGAGCCAGGGUUGGGGGCGGGGCAGGGCUGGGCUGUAGUCCCCAGACUCUUUUGUUUAAGUCUUAUAUCAAGGUUGUGGCAUUAAAGAUAAUGAUAAAUUGACAUCAAAUAUCAAAUAAAUUGACAAGAAACAUAGUAAAAUGUGUCAUAUACUUUUCCCUAAAUAUACCUUUCCUUUUUCUUGCGGCCAAGAUGUAUUUUGGGAAGGCUAGCAAAAGCCGCAAUCCAUGAGGGCGAUUGCCAGCAUGAAGUAAAAAGGCCUGCCGGGAAGAUAGAAGGGGUUUGUGUAUAAUUUGCCCAAAUUUGACACCUGUUCCAUUUCAAGGAUUUAUUCAAGGUAGUGUUCAUAUAUUUGAAAUGACUGCUAAAUGUCUUAGCUAUACCUGUAAAAUCAUAGCUUUCAUAUCAUUUUUUGACUUUUAGAUCCUAAUUUCAAAGUCUUAUGACCCAACUACUCACUUUGAAACAACUGUUGAAGACAUCAAAGACAUUUACAAGAGGGCAACUGACUGCGAGUUUGACAUGUCAAAAGUACAAGGGAAAAUUGAGAGCACAAAAUCUGAUGGACAGUAAUUAUACACAUGAAUUUGAAUAAAGGACACUAAAAAACAUAGUUUUUAGGUUAAAUUGUGAAAUUUCUAUUUAGCAUUCCAUUGAUUAUGAAUUGAACUUCUGUUAAGUUAUACUUCUUCCCCAAGAUAUCUUGGCAAUUUUACAGAUUAAUGAUAAACUCAGAAAAGUAUAUACAAUAUUAUACUGUUUUUUCCACCCCCUAGUCCAGCCUGAGUUCAUUGUUAUUCCUACUCCAUACAUCCUAAGAUUCUUUGUAAUUUUGAUGUCCUUCUGUCGCUUCCAGUCAAGAAAGUAAUGGUAAUAAUAUUUGGGUUUAGGAAAAUCAUAGUCAUUUAGAUAAUGACAUCACAUCUUGAAAGAUUAAAGGUUGUGAAGAUAGAUUCAGUUUUCUUCAAGUUUCCUCCUCUUUGCAUGUACUAGUUUAAUUCUGUGGUCACUUACUGUCAAUUGCAGUCAAUUGUAGUUUUGGAGUAAUUAUCAAUCUCAAAUUGUUGAUUUCAGUUUUGCCUAUCAAUUGAAUUGCUAAAUUGCCAUUUCUUUGCAAAGGUUGGCAAAACUUAUCUCAACCAUGAAAAUUGUCUUGUAUAUUUUAAAACCUUUAAUGAAAUAAGACUAUUAUCAUAUUCUUUUCUUGGGAAGAGAUGGAGAAACGUUUUGUUUAUGAUUAAUGCUUAAUAGUCUAAAAUGGUUAA